GGUUAUUUUGAAGAUGGCUGCUCCCCAGGAUGACAUGUUUUCCCUGUGCGUGGACCCCGUCAAAGUUAGCAAUUGUGUGGAAGUCAGAAUCAUCGACAAGAUCAAGGGCAAAGGCUUAUUUGCAAAGAAAAACAUCAAAAAGGGAGAUACCAUCUUCAUUGAGAGGCCUCUGGUUUGCUCCCAGUUCCUGUGGAAUACUUUGUACAAAUACAAAGCGUGUGAGUACUGCUUGCGGUCCCUGGAGACAGCUGAGGAGAAUGCACGCAGACUCACUGGUAUUCCUGGGCUCAACCUGCCCCACCCUGAGCUGUGCCAAGUACGGCCGGAGGCCCACCAAGCCUGCACUCAAUGCCAGGUGAUAUACUGUAGUGCAGAGUGCCGUCAGACUGCAGCAGAUCAGUACCACCAGGCUUUGUGUCUGGGCCCCUCUCACGAGGCCCCCGACCACCCCAUCAACAAACUACAGGACGCAUGGAGGAGUAUGCACUACCCUCCAGAGACCUCCAGCAUUAUGCUCAUGGCCAAGAUGGUCGCCACCGUCAAGCAGGCCCAAGACAAAGGGCGCUGGCAACAGCUGUUCUCUCAAUUCUGCAGCCGUGCAGCCAACGAAGAAGAAGAGAUUGCCCACAAGCUGCUGGGAGAUAAAUUCAAAGGACAGUUGGCCUUGUUACAAAAACUGUUUACAGCAGCUCUUUAUGACGCUCAUCUCAAUCGGUGGUUCACCCCUGAGGGCUUCCUGUCUCUCUUCUCUCUGGUGGGGACCAACGGACAGGGCAUAGGCACCAGCUCCUUGAGUCGAUGGGUUCAUGCAUGUGAUGCAUUGGAGCUGCCUGGCCAGCAGAGGGAGCAAUUGGAUGCCUUCAUUGACCAACUGUACAAGGACAUAGAGAAAGAGACUGGGGACUUUCUGAACUGUGAGGGCUCUGGACUCUUCCUACUUCAAAGCUCCUGUAACCAUAGCUGCAUACCCAACACAGAGGCAUCAUUUCCAGACAACAACUUCCUGCUUCAUCUCAGUGCCCUCAGUGACAUCAGCCCUGGAGAGGAGAUCUGUAUCAGUUACCUAGACUGCUGUCAGCGAGACCGGAGCCGGCAUAGCCGCCACAAAAUUCUGAGGGAGAACUACCUGUUUGUCUGCUCAUGUCCAAAGUGUGUCUCCCAGAUGGAUGAGCUGGAUGUGACAUCGGAUGAGGAGGAUGAGGGGGAGGGGGAGGGAGAUGAGAUGGAGGACGAGAUGACGGACGUCUGAUAAAAAAAAUCUGGCUUUGUGGAUUCAUGUUCCCUCCAUCUCAACUGUUACCACCACGCUGUACACCUGUAAGACACAGAGACAUCCGUCAUCAAAGAAUAACUUUCAUAUAUGACACCAAACGUGGACAUUAUAUAGUAUCAUGACAUUUUUCCUCAAGAACGUUUCAGUCAGUUCUUGCACAAAGGAUUUACCUCUAAAAGCUGUUGUGAUUAUGCCUGCCCCACCUCUUAAUUCACACGGAGGAGAUAUUGCUCACUUAUGCUUCUCGUUCAUCGGUUUAAUACCUCUUAGACUGUUAAAUAAGUGAGCAUACAAGCAAUGAGUCCCCCUGAGAAAUGUACAUGUUCUAAGAGUAGCUAAUCGUACAAGGAAUUAGUCAAAUCUGCAGGAUGUUGGUCAAUGAUGAGUGUUUACACAUGUAAACAGAACUAAGUAGCCAAAAUCCAAUAUGGUUCCUUUAUUUUCAUAUGAUAAUGGACUUUAUGUGCUAAGCUGAAGCCUUGGCAUCGCCCACAGUGGGAGAGAUUUUAUCUGUGGUGUUUGCCCUUUAUUGAGGAUAACUUUGUCACUGUUCCACAUGAGUGAAAUGGUGAACUCAGCCAGUACAAAUCAAUACAAUAGCGUUGUCUGUAAUUUCCAAGCCAGUGUUUUGUUAGUACACAAACAUGGCAGACCUCAAUUAUCUCAGUUGGUAGUCGGGGCACUGGUGCAUGAGAAUGUUGCCUUUGAAGUCACACAAAGACAAUCAGCAGUGUUAAAGCAACAGUUAAUACGAGGAUCCUAGUAAUUGUCAUUUUUGCUUCUCUGGAAUAAACCAUUCAAAUGUACAGUCCGUGUUAGCUCGAUUUAGUUUCUGGAUUAGACUAUUUAUUUUACUGUGUAAGCUUUCUCUGCUGGCAGUUUUCGUCCUAAUCUACCUUGAAACUUGUUUUCCUGCAAGUCUAAUUAUCUUUGGUGCUUCGUUGCUCGGACCUGAUUAAAAUUCCUAGGAUUAUUUUUGUAUUCUUAUUAUUUUGCCUGUUGGAGGCUAACAGCGCUGCCAUAAUGGGUUCUGGAGAUGCCAAACAAGGUGGCCAGGUGUAUGCAGACCAGCGUUACAUACUCACAGGAUAAGGCACUAAUUAGCCCCUAUGUGGCACUAUAAUAAGCAACAAACUGAAAGGGUUUUUUCCCUACUGACCUGCUUACCUGGAAGUUCUGAAUAUGCUACAAUGUUCUUUGCAUUACAAGGAACAAAUAUGCCAAAAAUGGUUCUCUGCAAAUUAACCAAGCGUUCUCAUGUACUGCUUACAAUAAGGUAAUAUUGGCAUAGCAUAUCCAGAUAUGUGAGGCUCAAUAGCCUCCAAAUUGCACACCAUGUAAACACAAGACUGUCUGGGGAUCACUUACUGUACAUACAGUAACUUGUUAGAGGUGCUAUAGCACACUUAGAUCUGUGGAUAUUUGUGUCAUGAAAGAUGCAAGGAACUGUGCGCACAGUUUGUUUAAUGAGCAUGCAACUGAGCAUUCAUGUGGACUAAAUGAAAAAUCUUCAAUUCUUUCAGGCUGCCCUUAGUAUUAUGUUCUUAGCCUGGAGUUAAGGUUAAAGUUGCCUGGUGUUGUGCACUUUCUGUGCUUCACAUAACUCUUGAGUCUCUCAUUUCUUAUUAAGAAUUGCACUUUCAGCCAACAGUGCAACUCAUACAUUUGACGAAAAGGACUAGAAAACCUAAAGUGUAUUUCAUUUUCAUCUUGUUGAUGUUCACCCCUAAUUAAAAUGAAAUGCCCACAUUAAAUUCAAACAAAACGCUAUAUGAAUGUAACUCCUAUUUUUAAGUAAUUAAUGUAAUCCAUUUUAUUUGACCUAAGGCUUUUUAUGUAGCCUUAAUGGGUGUGAUUAUUUGCACUGAUAUUUUGACCUGAAACCACCAACAUUGCUAGAUUGCAACAUUGGUAGAGCUUUUUAUAUUAAUGUUUAAUUUAUUUGACAGCUCACUCUUUGCAUGACCUUGAUUUUGAUGUAGGCUAUUUAUACAAAGUGUGUGGCUAAGAACAGCUAACAUCUUCAAACAUCUGUAGCCUAAAUCUUGUAUGUUGUGUGGACUGACCACUGCCCUAAGAAAUAAAUGACAUAUGUGUAUGUACAUU